AUGUUUCUACAAUUCCACACACUUUUUGUCUUCUUUUUCGUAUUUUUGAAUCAAGUUCAUUCGAAAGAUGAACCACUUUUCGUAAAAAACAAUGAAGACAUUUGUUUGGAAGAUGUCGAUCCUGGACCAUGCCAGUACUAUCAAGUUCAAUGGUUUUGGGAUCAAAUGGCCGAGGAAUGCAAGGAAUUCCAUUAUGGAGGAUGUAUGGGGACCAAAAAUAGAUUCUCUUCCAAGCAACAAUGUGUCAAGCAGUGCAAGUACAAAAUGUUCAAUCCUGUGGCGGUUCCAGAUCUCUGCCUCCUGGAUGCUGAUCAAGGACACUGUGGAGAUGAACGAAAUGGUCAUUGGUGGUAUUUUUUCAACCAGGAAUCUGGAGAAUGCGAGAAGUUCUUUUAUUAUGGGUGUGGAGGGAAUGAUAACAAGUUCUAUAGUUUGCACAUGUGCAGGAAAGUGUGCGCUGAAAGACUUUCUCCUCAAAUUGCUUGCGAUCAAUGUGAUUUGAGAACUUCCUUCUGUAAAUCUCACUCAAAAUUCAAUUAUACUUGUGAAUGCAGGAGUGGAUACGAGAAGAACCAAUAUGGAGAGUGCAUCGAUAUUGAUGAAUGCCGUGGAUACAAAGCAGUGUGCGAUAAAAAUGCAUGGUGCGUCAACGAGAUUGGAUCCUAUAAAUGUGAAUGUAUGGCGUCGUACAGAGGAGACGGAAAGCAUUGUACCUAUGUUGGACUGGGAAGAUCUUCAAUCGACUGCAAGGAUUGUUCUAUGCAUUCAACGUGUAAUAGUGGAGUCUGUCAAUGCAAAGAAGGAUACGAAGGAGAUGGAUUUAAUUGCACUGAUGUGAACGAAUGUCUGCGCCGUCCAGAAAUCUGUGACAAAAAUGCGGAAUGCAUCAAUCGAGAAGGCAGUUUCAUCUGCACUUGUCUUGCCGGGUUCGCAGGAAAUGGCUAUAACUGUACAGUAUCCAAAAGUGAGAUUUAUCAUGUAAAGUUAAAACCAAAAAUUGUAAUUUUUCAGACUCAUGCUUGGACAAAUUCGACCACGACUACAAGGACACAUGUAGUAAUGAGAACUGGAGACCUCACUUCUAUUUCAACCAUCAGACAAGAAUGUAAUCCAUGUCUCAUUCUGAAGUUUUCAAGUGUUUGUUUUCCAGGUGCGAGCAAUUUUGGUAUGACGGAUGUCGUGGUCGUUCUCGGAACAUUUUCUCUGAAUAUGACACUUGUACUUCCAUGUGUGAGGAGACAAAUGUACUCACUAGGGCAGAUGAUUCCACGUGGACGCAUCACCUCACAUAAUCAUCAUGUCAAAAGAAGACGACGAGAACGACGACGACUUGACGACAGAAGAUGUUCUUUAGACUUCAGGAUAUCCCUGAUAUUUCUAUCUCAACUACUUCCAUUCAUUAAUUGUCGUUCAGAAGUAUGCUGGGAUAAAUUUGACAUGAACUACCGGAAUCAAUGUUUGAAUGGUCAAUGGCAACAACGCUACUAUUUCGACCACGCCUCUUUGACAUGCCGUCAAUUUUGGUUUGACGGAUGCCGUUCGGAUUCCAGAAAUAUUUUCGAUGACCAAUUGACAUGUCAAUGGUUGUGUGAAUCUCAACCGAUGUACAAAUCAAGAGCAUGCCUCGAGGAUUUCGAUGAAGGGCUCAAAAAGGAAUGCAAUGGAGGAAGAUGGCGACAGCAGUACUAUUUUGAUAAGAAUUCAAAGAAAUGCUUUCCAUUUUGGUAUGACGGAUGUAAAGGUGAAAAUGAGAAUAUAUUCCAAGAUGAGUUGACCUGUCUGCACACCUGUGAGAAUCCUGCGAAGAAAGAUCCCAAAAAGCCAUGGCACAACAACGACAAAUUCAAAAUGAAGGAGAUCAUUGGAGAUAUUUAUAAACCCAAUGCCACUGACACCUGCCUGGCUAAAAAUCCAUGUAAACACAAUGGAACUUGCAUUUUUGUUUGGAAAAAGGACACUCAUUACUGCAAGUGCCAACCUGGUUACCAUGGAAAUAACUGUGAAAAAGUUGUUGAUUUUGAUCCAUGUGCUGAGAAACCUUGUAUGAAUGGUGCCACAUGUCAGCUAAAAUAUAACGAUGAUGACGUCGAUGAGAAGCCGUCGUACGAAUGUUUCUGUGCGGCUGGAUUCGGAGGACCAAAGUGUGAUGAGAGACCAUGCGAAACGAAUCCCUGUUUGAAUAAUGGAACUUGCCGUACCACGAAAGGAUACAGUACCUACUUUUGUGAAUGUGCUACUGGAUUCGGCGGGAAAAAUUGUGAUGUUUCCAUUGGAAACACGCCACCAGAAGAGAAGUUCGGAAAGAAUGUUGAGCAGAUUUCAAGUGGAAAAGAAGAAUGGAUUGCUCAGAUGAGACAAAGACUGAAAGAGACUGGUGGAGGGAUUGGUGGAGCAUCUGGAACUGGAUUUAAAACUGGAAAUGGGACGAUGGGUGGAGGGUCUUCUGGAGAGAAAGGCGGAUCGUCUGCUGAGAAGAAAUCCGGGAAAAACAAGAAGAGCAAAGCUACCCAGGUGGCUGAUGAGCCAUACAAAGAUCCAGCAACCCGAAAACGUGAACGAGAAGAACGAGAAAAGAAAGAAGCUGAAAUCCAAGCAGCUGCGGAAGAAGAGAAGCAAAGAAAAGAAUAUGAAGAAGAGCUUCAACGGAAGAAGGCAGAAGAAAUGGAACUGGAAGCGAAGAAAGCUCUGGAAAAUGCGAAUUUCGAAACUCGAAGAGAUUCCUCCCUGGCAUUCAUCGCAAUGUUCAUGUUUUUCUUUAUAUGA